GUCCCAUCAAGCCCUCCAAAAACCACGUGGCCUGAUCAGCCAAUAGGAAGGCUUCUCUCGGGCGCGCGCGCAUUUCGAUUCCGGAAGCUGCAGUCCCUGUUUUCCUAGUGGCGGAAGAGAAAGCGCCAGCACUUUUGAAAUGGUUCAAGUUUUUUCGAGUUCGAGACAAUUUUAGUGGAAAAAUGUCUAACGUCACCGAAAAGACAACCGUAAAUUUGCUCGGAAAGGAGGCUAAUUUACACCAGCAGGUUCUGGCCUCCUUCCCUCUGUGUGAUGUGACAGAGGAUGACCUGACCCAAAACCCUCGGUUCUGCAAACUACUGGUCCUUCUGGCGCAGCACAUGGACAGAACCGGCCUCACAGCCUCACUAAAGGCAGAGCUGGAAAAGCUGUGCUUUUGCUGGUGUUUCCUGCAGACGGAACAGAACCUGCAGAGUCAGAGAAGACAGUGGCUUCGCACCGAAGUCCUGCACAGGGGUCUGCAGGAGAUGAUCCAGGACCACCACGUCAGGAAGGCUCACGUCACUGAACCCCCUGAUCAGAACAUGUGUUUCAGACGUCCUGUGAACAAAACCACGCCUGAUCUGCAGUUCCACGAAACGAUGGAGAAGUGUCUGCUGGUGGCUCAGUGUGUCAGACAGCUGGACCCCAGCAGCGCCACAAACGAGGAGCAGCCGUUUGUGUUCGGCCUGACGCCCCGACACGUGAAGGAACUCACGCCGCCAGAUAAGGACGUCCAGAGAAUGAGACGAGCUCUACCCAAACAGCUGGAGAAUCAUCUCAGGCAGAAAUGUCUUCAUCUGCUCUCCUACUACCAGCCUGAAUGUGAGACGGAGAGCGAGGGUCUGAAGACCGUCAAGCUGUCUCAUUUGUCGGCCCUGUUGGAUAAAGAGAAGACGAGGGCAGAAAGUCUGAGAGGAACCUGCCGGGAAAACGCGGUUCUGCUGCAGAGACAGAGCCAGGUCUACCUUUGUGAGCUCAUGAAGUGCAUCCAGCUUCUCCAGACUCUGAUCCUGGACCACAGACUGAAGAUCCAAACCGAUCUGGAUCGAAGUAAAUUAGAUUACCUUGAAGGCAAAUGUGAAUUGGUCUUACAGAAGCUCAAGGCUGAGACGGUGGAAGUUCAGCUGGACACUUACACGCCCGACUCGAUUUCUGCUCACAGAAAAAUAAGAGAGAAGCUGGAGGCCGAACUGAAGGCCUGCCGGGCAGAAAAACAGGCCGCAGAGCUGAAGCUGACCUCCUUUGAGAUCUUAGGGAAAGAGUUUAAGGCCCUCGCCGACGAGUACUGCAGACUACGGAGCGAGAUAGAGAACAAAAAAUGGGCUUUGGCGGAGUUAACUCAUGUAAAAAGCUAAAGAUUCUGUUCAUUGUGGAGCCAACAACCAUUGUUUGCUUUUCAGAACAAAACUUUGUUUCUAAAAGUAAACCUCCAUAUUCUGGAUAGAUCCAAAUAAAAUGAAAGUUUUAAUGUCUUUGGACCAUAUUUCUUAUAGUUAUAGUUGAACAUCCAUCUUUUCCUGCUUUUGUAUGUGUGAAACUGUUUUUUGAAAAAUAAAGAUUAUUGUAUUAAAA